AGUAAAUGGUUUACAAAGGUCAAAGGUCACAAGGGUAAGGAGAAUUUCCAUAUAUAAGAGUCGCUACAGGACAUGGCUGUGUUUUCAUGACGGAUAUUCAGCUGCACACUUUGAUGUAGCUGACGAAAGGAACAAGACCGUAACGUUAUUAGCAACAACAAAGACCAAAAAUGAUGACUUUUCUGACAAGAGUACUCCCGAUCCUCGCUAUCGGAGGGUACUUCGUGUAUGGACAUGUACACAGCUCAACAGAAGCUGUACGACUUCAGCCGUCCAUGGUCAAGAACGUGACCGUGGCGCACGGAAGUGACGUCACCGUGACCUUCAGCAUCCCCAACAUCACGGACAUGGCCUACAUCCGGGUCUCCACUCCCAAUCCAAAAUGGCGGAACCACUCCCUGUUCGUGCUGUCGGACGGUCACCCCCACAACUUCACCACGGCCUGUGAUUGGCUAGACGAAACCCUGUACUGUAAUCUAACCGUGAUUGACGUGCAGGCAGAAGAUGAAGGGGAGUACAGGAUUGAGAAUGACAUCUGUCACGAGCAUCCGCUGACCAAUCACUGCACGCCAUCGGAAGUCCGAAAGUUCAGAAUUAAUGCAUUUGUCGCACCACCUGUUACCCAGACUACACAAAGCACACAAACUGAUAACCACAUGCACAAUGGGACUUAUAUUGGAGAGCAUGGGACAGAAAACCUCGGAGCCGCAGCAGGCAUUAUCGGCGGAACAUGUGUGUUCCUGGCUGCUCUGUGGAUCGCUGCCAUGUUUUCUGUCAGAGGAUCGCUAAACAAAAAGGAGGUGGAGUACAAGAGCGUGGAGGAUGUUGCAGAACUUGACGCUAUGCUUGAGAAAGAGCUUGAAGUGGAAGACAAGGAAAAAGAAAGACCGAAGACACCACUACCGGAGGGAAAGUCAAUAAAGGUGAAGAAAAACGGCCGGGUUGAGAGGUGGACAACGGUGUAAAGCUGCCUAUGAAAAAGACCGCAAUUUAAUUAUUACUACACCACACUACUUCGCUACUACCAAAAUGAAGUUGUACAGAGACCUGAUGACCCGUCUAUUUAAUAAAAAUAAACCAAAAUAAUGAGCCGAUGCAAUUGAUUUUCGUUAUAGGGCAAUGUUUGAUGUAUAAACGACUAGCGAGAGUGGAUGUGGGCCAUGGGGCUCCCCACACCAACACUCAAGAAUACUACUCAUAACAAAGUUACUGUAUGUUUAGUAAAGAGGUGCGCCACGUACUGUAACACUGUGGGUCAAAGUACACAGACUUACACUUCAAAGAGGUGUGUUUUUUGUGUUAUACAAAGAUUGAAGCUUGCAGUGGACGUUACACAUUUAGACAUGCAUGAUGUUAUUUACGUCAAUAUAUAUGUUAAUGCUUAUUCAAUCGUGAUGCAUAUGUUUAACAUGUGCUGAAAUGAUGGAGAAUUCCGCAAGAGGCGAAAUUAGCGUUGUGGGAACACUGUAUUUCCAAAUAUGCUGAUUUACACGUGAUACAAACAGAUUAACCUGUGAUAUAAGUUAUCUGCACAUGUAAAUAUCCCUAUGUUUAAUGUGCUGCAAUACUGACUAAUUCCGCAAGAGGCCCUUCGUUGGCUGCUUGAAUUUACUAUUACAAGUUUUGAAUACAACAUACAGCUCUUCAGAAAGUUAAGGGGUGUCUUUCCAUUAUUAAAAGCUUGCAUCGGGUCAUGUUCACCAGGUCAUUUCAUUGUGGUGUAGUCUAAACAUUGAAUAACAUCAACCAUUAUGUAAUGCGUGGUUUCCU